UGUGUGCUGGUCUGAAGUGAAACAGGCUACACGCUGCACGUAAAGCAGAGGAAUGAUGCUCCUGCGUGGACCAUUCCAUCAAUUUACAAUUACGAAGUGAAGCGAGACGUGGACAAAGUCUAAGUCUGUUUUACACCAACUUUUGUUUUGGUCUCUUAAAACAGUCAAACCUCACUCGUUAUCCGCACUCUACCAGCGCACAAAUGUUAAGAAGUCGUAAGGUGUAAAUGGUUCGCUCCUCCUGCAGUCCUGCUGUCUGUAAGCUCCUGCAAAGCUCUUUAAGUCCCUCACUUUUAUCUCUGACUCACGGCGAAGAUGAGCUACGGAGACCGCUUCACCUCGUCAUCUUACCGGAAGAUUUUCGGGGACUCUCCCAGGUUCCCCGUCUCCUCCUCUCGCAUGAGCGGCUCCUUUCCUCGGGUGUCCCCGGGGCUCAGGUCCAUGGCUGCGUCCCGCAGCAGCGCGUCCUCCCUCAGCCUGUACAGACGGGUCGGACGGUCCUCCGCCUCUUUCUCCCCAGUGCAGACCGACUCCCUCGACCUGACCCAGACCUCCGUUGUCAACAAUGAAUUGAAAGUCAUCAGAACCAACGAGAAGGAGCAGCUGCAAGGUCUGAAUGACCGCUUUGCCAUGUUCAUUGAUAAAGUGCGGCACCUGGAGCAGCAGAAUAAAGUGCUGGAGACGGAGUUGGUGACCCUGAGGCAGAAGCAAAACGAGCCGUCCCGCAUCGCUCAUCUCUACCAGCAGGAGAUGAGGGAGCUGCGGUCACAGGUGGAGGAGCUGAGCAGGGACAAGAACCGCAUCCUGAUUGAGAGGAACAACAUGGAGGACGAGCUGCAGAAGCUCAGUGCAAAGUUUGAUGAGGAGGUGAGGGCUCGGGAGGAAGCUGAACAGACCUUGAAGUCUUUCAGGAAGGAUGUGGAUGACGCCGCAGUUGUUCGCCUGGACCUGGAGCGUCGGGUGGAGUCCCUAAUGGACGAAAUCUCCUUCCUGAGAAAGGUCCAUGACGAGGAGAUCCAGGAGCUGAGCAGCAUGAUGGAGGCGCAGCAGGUCUCCGUGGAGCUCGAGCUCGCCAAACCGGACCUCACCUCGGCCCUGAAGGAGAUCCGCAACCAAUACGAGUCCAUCGCCUCCAAAAAUCUGCAGUCAGCUGAGGAGUGGUACAAGAGCAAGUUCGCCAGCCUCAGCGAGCAGGCGAGCAGGAGCAACGAGGCCAUGCGGGCCAGCAGGGAGGAGAUCAAUGAGUUCCGGAGGCAGCUGCAGUCCAAGACCAUUGAGAUAGAGACCCUGAGGGGCACCAACGAGUCUCUGGAGAGGCAGAUCACAGAGAUGGAGGACGCACACAACACUGAAGUCACAGCCAUGCAGGACACUAUUGGCCACCUGGAUAGUGAGCUGAGGAAUCUGAAGGGUGAGAUGGCUCAGCACCUGAGAGAGUAUCAGGACCUGCUCAAUGUCAAGAUGGCCCUGGAUAUAGAGAUAGCUGCCUACAGGAAACUGCUGGAGGGGGAGGAGACUCACUUUAACUCAGGGGUGUCUUUCGGUGCUGCCAGCUACAGCUACCAGCCUCGAGCCUCAGCCAGCUCCUCCAGGAGCAGCCAGAGGGAGAAAGAAGGAGCUAAGAAGGAAAGCUUCAAGGAGAUGAGUGAGGACAAAGAUGAGGCAGACAUCAACUCCAACAACUGAAAAUAGACAGACAGACAGACAGAGAAAUCUGGAGGGUGAUAAGAGACAUACUGCUUAUGUCUAGUGAGUUCACAGUAACAUACUUACAUAAAAAAUGGUAUUUUGGGUGAUAAUCAGUAUCAUGUAGUUGAAAAAUAGAAAAAAAGUUGACAUUUUUUCCUGGGGGAUAGGUCUCAGUAUUUAUGUGUAUCUAGUACUGUAGGUCUCCAGAAGAACAUGUCCUGAAAAAGUCCUGAAUGUUCCUGUGUGAAUUUCCAUUUUGCUGCUGUUUAAGAUUGCACUGAAACCUGUGUGCCAGGUGAGAAAAAGAUUGCCCAGGCAGAGACUUUCUAAACACCAAAUGUUAGUGUAGGUCCACUUCUCUGUUGUUGCAGUAGAUUGUCAAUUAACUUCUCAGUUUAAAGCACUUUGAUAGAGUGUGUGGAAGAGGACGGUGUCUGCUGGCCUCUUCUUUGCACUGUUGUGGUUUGUUUUAUGAUAUUACAAGGUGUAGAUGUUUACCCCAUUCCUAACAUUAUCAGUGUUGCAGGUACAGUUUUCUAUGUUGGAAAACUCUAUAGUGACAAAGAGAAUAGCCAGCCUGGUUUAUUACGAUAAUAAUAAUUGUAAUUCAGCUGUCCAAUACAUACACCGACUGGAAAACCAUUCUCUGUUGUUUCAAUUGCACUGAAUAAAAUGAUAAGAAUGACAAACUGUUUUCCAUGUUUUCAUAUUCAAGUCAGCAUUUUCUCAAAUACAGGAAGAUGUUCUUUCAGGGCUGCUGCCAGGUAGAUGUCAAUCUUCAGCAGUUCAGGCCUCAGCUCAGUAACAAUCUGCAGUUGUACUGUAAUGAUUACUUUUCCAUAAUUCUACGGUUUUCCUGACUUCUGCAUCAAAUUCUUAGGAUCUGCAACACAUUAAGUGGGCCACUGACCACAAUUACAGAACUGUAGCAGAAACUUAAUAAUAUCUCACCUUUGAAAUGAAGAACUGAUUCAAUUGCUGGUAGAUGUUUAUCACAGGCUUUAUAUUCUCUACCUGUGGUCAGGGAGGAAUCACUGCCUCCCCCUAAACAGUAAACAUGGAUGAAUCAUGAAACACUUCUCAUUUGUAGUUAUUUAUUGAUUCAAAGUGAUAACAAAUUACAACCCCUAUCAUAGCUUUCCUUAUACAAACACCCUUUAAAUAACUGCCUUUGUGCUCUGAUGAGUUGUGCUGAAAGCUGGUUUUAUCAAGUAAGACACAUUCAUUCACAUCAUCAGACAGUCUAUAUAAAAGUUAACAGCUCUUAAGUUAAUGUGUAAAUCAACACAAAGCAAGCUGGAAUUAAAGAUACCACAAAGAUCUAAACUCUU